UGCUGUUAGCCGGCUGCUAGACGGACAAAAACCCGUCCAAAACACACGUAUCUGGGUCCCGUGCUUUUAUUUUUGGCACCGGAGUGCGCUCGUUACCUGUCGCCAUGCCUAUGUACCAGGUAAAGCCCGUCAGUCCCGCUGACAUAACGGUUGAUUUGCCGACGUGCAUGUACAAGUUACCGAAUGUCCACGCGCAGGGAGCGAGCCUCGGCGAGCACGCGCUUCAGAACGGUGAGGUGGAUCCUACAGUAAAGGCCCUAGAGGAGCGUCAGGACGAGAUCUUGAGGAAGCUGUACGAGCUGAAGGCCACGGUGGACGGACUGGCGAAGACUGUGACCACUCCGGAUGCGGAUCUGGACGCCAGCACACUCGCACACACACUCACACACCCCCCCGCUGACGCCGUCCUCAGAGGAACUGCAGAUCUGGACGCUCUGCUGGGCAAGGAUCUGGGUGCGCUGCGGGACAUCGUGAUCAACGCUAACCCUGCGCAGCCUCCUCUGAGUCUGCUGGUUCUCCACGCUCUGCUGUGCCAACGCUACCAGGUGCUGUCCAGUGUCCAUGUGCACUCGUCGGUGAGCACCGUGCCCGCACCACUGCUGUCCUGCCUGGGCCCGAGACACACACACAGCUACGCCCGCCACCGCUUCCAGCUCGGCUUCACACUUAUAUGGAAAGACGUGUCGAAGCUGCAGAUGAAGUUCAGCACACAGAACAUGUGCCCGAUCGAGGGUGAGGGUAAUGUGGCCCGGUUCCUGUACCGUCUGCUGGGCGCCGAGCCUCGGGACCCGGUGUCUGCAACGCUGAUGGACGGAUGGGUGGACACGGCGCUCUUCCAGCUGGCAGAGGGAGGCAGUAAAGAGCGUGCGGCCGUGCUCAGGGCUCUGAAUGCAGCGCUGGGUCGAUCGCCAUGGCUGCUGGGUCAGGAGUUCUCUCUGGCCGACAUCGUAAGCGCUUGCUGUGUCCUGCAGACCGGUCAGACCAGCUCCGCCCCAGCAAACGUCCAGCGCUGGCUCAAAUCCUGCCAAAACCUGGGUUACUUCAGCUGCAUUGACCCACUGCUGCAGUGACCCACACAGGUGAACGCUAAUAAAAAAAAAAACACCCAAAAAACAGGUCAGACGGAAAGAGAAGUAGAAAAGUGCAAUGCACAUCGCUCCCAGGCCAGUGCAAACACUCAGAGCGGGGCAUUUUGGGUAAUGAUACUGUAAACACACACCUCUAUCCCCCUCCCCGCGCCGUGUGCCUAAUAAAACGCUGUACUACGAGGUGUUGUGUGUCGCUGUUAUCUGUUGUGUUAUGGGGUGUAAAAUGAAGCGCUUGAAACGUGAACCUAAGGACCUACUGGUAUGCGGCGUAUAUGAGAGAGGUGGUACUUUGUAGCGUCUUUUUUUCUGAAAACCUAUUAAACAUUUUCACUUCAGGUCA